CCCGCCCCCGAGCCCGGUCGCCCGUCGGCGGCCAGCGACCAAACAAAAUGGCGUCGGGUCGGCCUCCGGUGCCGGGUCCUUAAAGGAGCCGCGUACCCGCGGGCGUGGCGGCCGGGGGAGGGAGGCGAGGACCGCGCGGCGGAGGAAGGCAGGUGGCGGACGGGAGGGGGUCCUGGGGGCCGCCGCCCUCACGCGGGGGGCUGCGGGAGGCCGUGGGAGGCCACCCUGCCGGCCCCCGCCCCGGCGAGCGGCGAAGCGGCGUUACCAUGUCAACGCAGAUAUUGGUCAUAUGAGAUUCUAUAUUUUUGGCAAUGAAGAAAAGCUACAUAAAAAAAGCAUUAUGUGGAAAAACACAGAUGCCAUCUUCUCGGACACCUAGUCCAAUGUCUUCUGUUGGUUCAAGCACCAGAUCACCAUCUCCUCGUAGCCAACAGACAUCUCCAUCUGCUCACAAAAGCAGGGAGCAGAGGAAUCAGCAACUUGAUAUUACAGCAAAAAAUGUAGAAGCUGCUCUUGAAGAUAAGUUUCAUGAAGAUGAAAAUGGUGUUAGUCCAGGAGUUAAGUACAUUACAGAACCCCUCAUAAAAGUCCUGUCAAAACAGGAAAAUUUGGCAUGUAUAAGCUCACUCAAUCUUUCAUCCCCAAAGGAUGGGGACAAGAAAUUUAAGUAUAUAGAAAAUUUGGAAAAGUGCUCUAAACUAGAGACACUAAAUCUUAGCAACAACCAAAUAGAGAAGAUUGAAAAGUUGGAUAAACUGUUGAAGUUGCGUGAGCUCAAUUUGUCUUGCAACAAAAUCAGUAAGAUUGAAGGCAUAGAACAUAUGCAUAAUCUACAAAAGAUGAACCUUACAGGGAAUGAAAUUGAACAUAUUCCUGUGUGGGUAGGAAAGAAACUGAGAUCCCUGCGCAUCCUUAAUUUGAAACAGAAUAAAGUAUCAUCACUUCAUGAUAUAGCUAAACUAAAGCCUCUACAAGAUCUGACUUCUCUAUACCUUGCUGAUAAUCCAGUUGCAAGUCUGCCUCACUACCGCUUGUACACCAUAUUCCACUUGAGAGCGCUGGAAAACUUGGAUGGACAGACAGUGACAAAUAAUGACAGGCAGGAAGCUUUAAAGAGGUUUAAUUUAGAAGAGAUAGAAAAAUUAGAAAGAGAGUUGGAAAACACAGUAAAGGAGAUGGAGAACCUUAAGCUUAACCAGUCCAAAGUGCUUGAACAACUUCACCAUCAAGAUGAAGUCAACAGAUCAUUGAAAGAAAAGACUUUGCAGCAGAAGCAAAGCUAUGAAGAUCUACAAAGGGAUGUGGACACCAAAAAUGAAUUGUUUUGCUUUCCACUGUGUAUUGGAGUCUUGCUGCAUGUUCUCCCUCAGCUAAAGCAGAAAACAAUGGAGCUAACCCGAGCUUGCCAGAAGCAGUAUGAAUUGGAGCAGGAACUGGCAUUUUACAAGAUUGAUGCAAAAUUUGAGCCAUUAAGUUAUUUUCCAUCAGAGGAUAUUGAACUUGAUAAUGUACCUGGUGAAAGCCCAUACAUUGGUAAGGCCAGAUAUAAAAGAAAUAUGUUCAUAAGAGAAGGCUAUAUUGCUAACAAAGCUCAGCAGAUGGAGAGUGGAAAAAUGCAACUAGACGAAGAUGAUUUGUGUAGGAAAUCUCAGCUGAAACUGCAGUUUCAAACUCUAGAUGAACAGUUGGAGGAUAAAGAGAAAAAGAUUAAUUCAGCACAGAGAAGAUUAGAAGAACUGCAAGGUGCAAUAGGAAAUGCAGAGCAACAAGUUCUGAAAGUAACAGGGGAACUAAGACAACUGGAGGAUGCUCUGUCUCAGAAAAAGAUCUCACAGGCCAACAAGGAAGGUCUGGAGCAGCAGUUGAGUAAAAGGAUACAAAUCCUACAUCAGCUACGCAAUGAAGCUUUAGAACUGGAAAAACAAAUGGAGAAACAGAAAAGAGAAAUAGGGAAAAAACAGAAAGAGCUUGAAGACUUGCAGAGUUCUCUUGCUUCUGUAAAUUCUAAAGAUCCAAGACACGCUCACAUGAAAGCUCAAAAAGCAAGUAAAGAACAGCAGCUGGAUGUAAUGAACAAACAUUACAAACAGCUUGAGAGUCGCCUGGAUGACAUGCUCUCUAGGAUUGCUAAGGAAACUGAGGAAAUCAAGGACUUGGAGCAGCAGCUCACUGAUGGUCAAAUAGCAACAAAUGAAGCACUGAAAAGGGAUUUAGAAAGCAUUAUCGUUGGAUUACAGGAAUACCUGGAAAGUGUUAAAAGCCAAGCAAAACAGGCCAAUGAUGAAUGUAAGGAGCUGCAGAAAGAUAAAGAAUCUUUGCUGCAAAGAUUGACAGACCUACAGGAGGAAAGAAAGAACCUGGAAGUAGUUGCCAUGGAUGCAGAAAAUAUGAAAAAAGAAAUAGCAAUGCUAGAAGGUGCACUUCAAGAGCAGCGAGAAAUAAACGAAUCACUUAGAGAUGCACAAAGGGAUGUCAGUGCCUAUGAGGCUGAACUGGAAGCCCAGCUAAGAGACAGAGACAUUGAAGCCAAUCAGCAAAAGGAAGAAUUGGAAAGACUGAAACAACUUAGCCAGAUGGAACUGUCAGCUCUGCAAGCUGAACUUGAAAAAGAAAGGCAAGCAUUAGAGAAUGCUCUGACCAAAGCACAACUAGUAGAAGAGAAGGAACAAGAAAAUUACAAGCUGCUUACUCAGUUCAAACAAUUGCAGGGAGACAAUAACCUCCUGAAGCAACAGCUUAAAGAUCUUCAGAAUCAGCUAAGCCAUGCAGUUGGCAACUUGAUUCAUCCUGAGGAAGUCCUAGCUCGUAUAAAUGAACUCAAGGAAAAGCUUCAGACAGGAGCAGGAGAGAUUAAAUGUUGGAAUUCAGAUGAUGUUUUGGGGAGAAGCCUUGCAAAUCUGCAGAAAGAAUUUAAUAAUAUCCUUGCUGAUGCACAGAGGGAAAAAGAGAAAGCAUGGGUUAGACAGAGACAAUUGCAGGAAGAAAUUGCAUCCCAGCAGGAAAAACUGGAAGAUGUACAGGAAAAAUAUAGACAGGUUAAAUGUGAAAACAAGCAGAAUAAGAACAAGGUCCGUCAAUUAGAGAAUGAAAUUCGACAUUUACUUGAAAAAAUAAAGAGCAUGGAAGAAAUUCAGGGCCUUGCUGAUCAACAGCUCCAAGAGGCAGACGAAGAAAAAGAGACUAUCCUUGCUCAACUGGAAGAUUUAGAGAAAAGGAAAAAAAUAGAAGAUGCCAGGGCACAAAUGCAAUUUGCCAGUCUAGAUAAAGAACUGAAGGAAUUAAAGAGAGCAAUCAUCACUUCAGAUAAACUGGCAGCUGCUGAACUAUCCAUUGCUAAAAAUCAGCUGAAGGCUCUUCAUGGGACUGUUCUGAGAAUUAAUCAGGAACGAGCUGAGGAAUUUGAGGAAGCUGAAGAGUUCUGUGUUGAAGCAGCUCGUGCAGCUCGGGAUCUUGCCCGAGCAGAAGCAGAAAUAGAAUUGUUACAACAACUUCUAAAACAGAAGGAAGAACAAUUACAGCAUGAAAUGGAGAAAGCUGGUGAGAAGAAUGUUGCAUCAAGCUCUCAAAAGUUUGAAAUAGAUCAACUAAAUGACACUCUGGAGCAACAGAAAGCAGAAAUUGACCAUUUAAGAUGGUUGUUGGAUAACAGCGGGACAGGUAACAAGGAUGAAAUUGACAAUUUACAAGAUGAAAUUGCAGCCCUCAGAAAUGUGCUUUCAUACCAGAACGAUUACAUCGCCAGUAUAGCAGAUCCACUGAAAAGAAGGGGAUAUUGGUAUUACAUGCCAUCAUCACAGGCCUCAACUCCUGCUUCCCACAGCACAAAAGAUUCUGGAGUGGGUUUACUGUGUCCUGGCACAUCCCCGCCUAUGAGAGGGCAUGGUCAAAUCAGAAAGGAAGACUCACCCAAUCCAAGAGGAUGUUGGGUGUAUUCACCAGUCAGAAGUAGGUUGUACAAAAUGAAUCCUGAUAAAGCUAGAAAAACAAAAGAAGAUAAUAAAGGAAAUGAGGAAGCUCGUGUUCACGAAGACCCAGCCUUUGUACCGGCACCUGGUACAGUUAUUUACACAGCCCUUCCAAAUGGUGCCCCUGUACCUCAAGGAACCGUGGUGUAUGGCCCUCCUCCUGCAGCUGCAAAUGGAGGCUCAAUUGCUCCUGGAUCUGUUAUCUAUGGCCCUCCUCCUGUGGGGGCCCAGGUUGUUUAUGGCCCUCUUCCUCCGAACUUUACUCUACCGCUCAUUCCUGUUGGAGUACUUCACUGCAAUGUGCCUGAACAUCAUAAUUUGGAGAAUGAAAUCUCAAGGUUAGAAGAUACUGUGCAUCAUUUAAAGUCUUGGAAAUCCAGAGAUAAACGGUCAGGGACAACUGAACAUAAAUGCAAGAAUGAGGUGGAAAAAUUACAUCAAAACAUAGAUGAUCUUCUGCACGAAAGAGAAGAGCUGGAAUGUGAAGUAGCAGAGCUGCGAAGAGCAGCUCAAAAAUAUAACAAACGCAAGGACUUCAUUGAAGGGUAUACUGAAAACCUAAUGGCAGAAUUACAGUUAGAAAAAUCUCUUAAGCGUCAGGAAGAUAUUGCAGAGGAAAUUGAAUGUAUAGAGAGGACACUUCUAAAACGACGAGCAGAGCUUAGAGAGGCAGAUAGGCUACUUUCAGAAGCUGAAGUGGAACUUGAGAGCACGCGGGGAAAGACUAAAGACACUAUUCAAAAGUACAAUCAUGCCAAACAGCACUUGUCCCGUACUGAAACUGAGGCAGAGGAGCUGGAGCGAAGGGCUCAGGAAAUGGCCAUUAAACUUGUGAAAGCGGAUCAGCAAUUAAGAUUAUUACAGGCAGAUACAAGGGAUUUAGAACAGCAUAAGAUGGAACAAGAAGGUAUUUUGAAGGAAAUCAACAAAAUGGUGUCUGCAAGAGACUCUGAGUUCCAGUCCUUAAACCAGAAGAUAGAGAUGCUGACUGAAAGUCUUCAGAAGCUUCAAGGUGAUGUUCAAGUUGCAGAAGGCAAUGAAGAACAUCACCUCCAAAUCCUCAGAGAAGCAGAAAACAUUCUUCAGUGCAAGAAAACUGAACUGGAAAGACUGAAAGAUCAGGUUACUGCUCAGCAACAAGAGUUGUUGUUUCUGGAGCAACAGUUAAGUCAACGAAAAGAGCAGCUCCAUGUCCUUCAAGACUGUAUUUGUCAAAAGAAAGGUGACCUCAAAGAAGCUCUUCGAGAUGGGGAGACUGAAGCAAAUGAAAAACAACGCCAAAUAAGAGAAAUAAAGCUGCUUCUGAAGGAGCUUACUGUUGAGAGGAAAGAACUGGAUAUCCAAAUAAAUGAGAAAAGAAGACAGCUUUCAUUCAUAAAGAAGGAUAUUGGAGAAGAGGAAGAAAAUCUUCAGGGAAUACUUGGGCAAAUUACUAAACAUAAGACAGAACUGAAACAUGUUCUGGAAAUGCUGGAGAUUGAAAAUAAUGAACUUCAAGGUUUGAAACUACAACAUGACCAAAAGAUCAACGAACUAGAAAAGACUCAAGUUGCAGUUCUAGAAGAGAAGUUGAAAUUGGAGAAUAUUCAGAGAUUAUUUCAGUGUCAGCAAGGGGAAGUAGAUUGGCAGGAACAACUACUUGAGAAAGACCGUCAGGAAAAUGAACAUCUGGUUUCUCAAAUGCGCACUCUGCAAAGUAAUAUCGAGUCUUUGAAUAAAGAAAGGCAAAAGCUUGAAGAAGACUGUCAGAGUUUGGAAAAGAAGUUGUCACAAACCAGAAGAGACUUGAUAGCUACUGAAGAUAGCAGCAGAACUGCAUUGUCCAACGUAGAAAAAAUGGAAUUGGAUGUUAAAAGCCUGCAGCAGGAGAUAGAUCUACUGAACAAACAAAAAAAGUCACUGAAUGGAGACAUUACUGUUGUACAAAAAGAUCUUCAAGAAAAAAAGGAAGAACUAGAAAUGCUGAAAGGAGAACUCAGUGACUCCAGGCAACGUCUUCAUCUGGUGGAACAGGAUUUGAAAAAUAAUAAAAAGCAUCAGGAAGAGCUGCUUAGAGAGCAGGCAACCCUAAAAGAAGAUAUCCUAGAAAGUUUAAAGAAAUGUAACAAUUGCCAAGAGAGACAGAAAAGGAGGGAGAACCAUUUGCAGAAGCUCCAGAAAGAGAUCAAAGAGAAAGAAACAGAACUAGCCAAACAAGAAGCGAUUCUUCAUCAGCUCAAGCAAAAUUCAGAGUGUGAAGGAAAAAAACUGGAAGAAAGUACUGCUAAACUGAAAGAUCAGAAACUACUACUGGAAAAGGAACUAACAGAUCAACAGAAGAAACUGGAGCAGGCAAUAGCAAAAGUAAGGCUGACAGAAGAAAACAACAGGAAGCUGGAAAAUGAAGCAUCCCGAUUCGCAGCACUUGAAGAAACUAUCAGAAAAUACAAACAUCAGAUCUCAGAGAAAGAACUACAGUUACAACAAAAAAAUAAAGAAAUUCAGUCUCUUCAAAAAGAACUGGAACUCUCCAGGUCUGAGCUAAACCACCUCCAAGGUCAGCUGGCAUCAGAGAGGAAAAAAACAGAAAAACAAAUCUUGAGUCUGAAAGAAGCAAUGAAAAUGCAGAGGACACAGCUUGAAAGAGAACUGCGAGAACAAAAGCAUGAAAAUAAUUGUUUGCAGAGUGAUAUAGCAACUGCUGAACAAGUAGCGCACCAUAACCGGGAACGAGCCAAGCGUCUUAUUAAAGAGCUUGGCCAGAUCCAGCAGGACUAUAUGGAUCUCCAGAACCAGGUUAAGACUCAAGAAGACCUGGAAGAGAGACAAAGAGAAAUACAGAAUACAGUAGCAAUGCUUAAAUUGGAGGUUGAAGAUGAAAUUAAGAUAGGGUUUAAAUCUUCACGCCCAUCCUCACCAGAACCAGUGGAAGAUCUGGGAGCAUCUUCUGCAGUAAAAAGUCUGCAUUGUGAACCUGGUAACUUAGAGGAGACUCUUCCAUUUGCUGCUGCUGACAAAAGACUGUUCUUAUUGGAAGAAAAAUUGGAUUUUUCUAAAGUCCUCGUAAUGGAUGAACAAUGGCGUGGAGAGGCUCUCCGAGAGAAACUGCAGCAUCAUGAAGAUCGGUUGAAGGCUCAGCUCCGGCAGUGUAUGUCCAAACAAGUAGAAGUAUUGAUCAGAGGAAAACAACAAACGGAAGGCACCCUUCACAGCCUGAAGCGACAGGUUGAUGCCCUGGAUGACCUGGUCAGCAGCACUUCUUCAGACUCCCUGUUUCUAGCCCAAAGCUCAUCAAGUCUAGCAUCUCUUCAUGAUGCUCUGAGUUUAACAAAAACACAGGGUGCUCUGACAAGACUUGAACAUGUCCCUGGCAGGCCAGCAGGCAUUCCAGUGGUGUCUCACACAUGGCAUUCCUGCUCAUGACAAAUUUCUCAGUAAAGUCCAGAGAUAUACAGCUGUGCUCCUUGGGACUGUACCAUCUACCACUUCUGAAGACUUCUACCUCACUAUUUUGCAAGCCCUGGUAGGAAAGGCAUUUACCAGCAAUAACAGCUGACUGCAGGCCCUCCUCUGUACUGUGAAGUUUUUGUAUGACUAAGGGAGCUUUAUGUAUAUAUGUUUUUU